UGAGAAGCUAAUGUCAACGUCAACUGGUAUUGGACAGUGUGUUUUUCACGAGGUUUUGGUUAUUGUUGUGCAAUUUAUUUCGAAAUUUUAUAACUCCUUUUAAGCAUAUUCCUGGUUCUAAAUCGAAAGGACAACUCAAUUUUCCGUAUAAAAUUUAGUGUGUGAAGUUUGUGCUGAAAGCAUUCAAAAUGCGGCUGGUUGAUUCGAGUAAACUUUUAGAACUUCAAAACAAAACAUCGAAUAUCCGAAAUAUUUGCAUUGUAGCUCAUGUUGACCAUGGGAAAACAACAUUGGCAGACUCCUUGAUAUCUAGCAAUGGCAUUAUAUCUCAAAGAAUGUCUGGGAAGAUGCGGUACAUGGAUAGCCGACCAGAUGAACAGGAGAGGGGAAUAACCAUGAAAAGCAGCAGUAUCGCUUUAUAUCAUGCUGUAGAGAGCCAUGAGUAUCUCGUAAACCUCAUAGAUUCUCCGGGGCAUGUAGACUUUUCAAGUGAAGUGUCAACGGCUGUGAGAUUAUGUGACGGUGCCAUUGUUGUUGUAGAUGUAGUGGAGGGAGUUUGCCCGCAGACCCGGCUAGCGUUGAAACAAGCUUAUGCAGAGAGCAUAAAAGCAGUUCUUGUACUUAAUAAGAUUGACCGUCUCAUUGUAGAGAUGAAACUUACUCCGCUGGAUGCAUACAUACAUUUGACGCAAGUUUUGGAGCAAGUCAAUGCGGUUAUGGGUGAGCUGUUUGCUACCGAAGUAUUUGAGAAUGAAGAGACACAUAUUGAGAAGGAAAAGAAACAAAACACAGACACAAAUAAAGAGGAUAGCAACACUUACGACUGGACAUCAGCUCUGGAAGAUGCCGAUGACUCUAAUCUGUAUUUCUCACCGGAGCAAGGAAAUGUCGUGUUUGCUAGUGCCAUCGACGGAUGGGGCUUCACCGUGCAGACUUUUGCUAAGUUAUUCUCGGAGAAACUUGGUGUAAAAGAUGAGCUGCUUCAAAAAGUUCUUUGGGGAGACUUUUAUUUGAAUACCAAGACCAAGCGCUUCAUGAAAGGAGCACAAGAAAAGGCAAAAAAACCUCUUUUCGUUCAAGUGGUCCUCGAUAAUCUAUGGAACAUUUAUGAUACUAUCAUAAUAAGAAAUGACAAAGAAAAAGUUCCAGUCAUUUGUGAGAAACUUGGCAUUAAAUUAACAGCCAGAGAUUUGAGGCAUACAGACAGCCGUAUUCAGCUGCAAUCUCUAAUGAUGCAAUGGCUUCCUUUGUCAUUAACUGUAUUAAAUAUGGUUUGCAAGAAACUGCCUUCGCCACUAGAAAUAGUACCCGAGAAGGUAGAAAAACUAAUGUGUUCGCGGAUAAGAGAUUUUGAAUCUUAUCAUCCUGAGACACAGAAACUCAAAGAGGACUUUCUAUCCUGUGAUAGUAGUGAAAGUAGACCCGUUAUCGUUUUCAUAUCAAAAAUGUUCAGUGUAGAUAAAAGUGCGCUUCCAGAAAACAAACCAAAAGUUUUAAGUUAUGAAGAAAUGGCGCUUAGACGUGAGAGAGCGAGACAGCUACGCGAAGAAAUGAAACAGAAUGAGGUAAAUGCUGAAGCCACUCCUAUGCAAGAAGCAACAAAAGAUGUAGAAAAGAGUGAGGAAGAAGUAACGAAAAAGGAAGAAGAAGAUAAAACGCAACCUGCAUUUAUAGCUUUCGCUAGAGUAUUUAGUGGUAAAAUAAGAAAAGGUGACAAGGUUUAUGUGCUUGGACCUAAACAUGAUCCCUCCAAGAUACUUAAUGUAAAAGAUUUUAAUGUAGAUUCUAAUAAGAAGCUCAAAGACUUACAAAGUCAUGAACACAUUACAUGUACAGAAAUUAAGUCUAUUUAUAUUCUAAUGGGUAGAGAACUAGAAGAAAUAGAUGAAGCAGUUGCUGGCAAUAUAAUUGGUAUCGGUGGUCUAGAAGAGCAUGUGUUGAAGACGGCGACGCUGAGCAGCACAGUCGCCUGUCCAGCGUUCAGUGAGCUCCAGUCGGCGGCCGUGCCCAUACUGCGGGUGGCUAUUGAGCCUACACACCCCACGGACCUACAGCAACUGGUUAAAGGUCUGAAGCUGCUGAACCAGUCGGACUCGUGCGUGCAGGUGCUGCUGCAGGAGACGGGCGAGCACGUGCUGGUCACCGCCGGCGAGGUGCAUCUGGAACGGUGUCUCGAGGACUUGAAAAAUAACUAUGCAAAAGUUCCGAUCUCUGUUUCCGAGCCGAUAGUUCCGUUCAAAGAAACAAUUGUUGAACCACCGAAAAUAGAUAUGGCUAAUGAAGAAAUAGACUCUCAGAACAUCGACAAGGGUAACAAAGAAGAAGACCCGACGAUUACCGUCCAUACAAAUAAUAAACAAAGUCAAAUCAGAAUUAGAGCAAAACCCUUGCCGAGUCAAAUUACAGAACUACUAGAUAGAUCAUCCGAUUUAUUGAAGGCUGUCUCACAACAUAUAAAAAUGCUGCAUUCUUUAAUGAAAAAUCCUAGUUUAGAAGUAAAGCUUGAAGAGAUCAACCUUAAUGGGGCUAAACAUACGCUCUCUGAUAGAAUGCUGAAACUUAUACAAGCAUUCAUUGCCGAGCUACAAGAGAUAGCUUCGAAGUGUGGGCCAGAAUGGCAAGAUAUUGUAAAGCAAAUAUGGUCUGUUGGGCCGAAGAAUUGUGGGCCAAACGUUCUACUGAACCAGACUUCGGAUUAUUCUACCAAAUUCUUGUACCAUGAGAAGGAGAUAGAGAAUGACCCGAGAUUUGAGUACGAGAGUAGUUUCAUUAAUGGGUUCCAAUUAGCUUCCUUGGCUGGUCCGCUUUGUGAAGAACCAAUGAUGGGGGUAGCAUUUUGCGUUGAAGAAUGGACCCUCAAUAAGGCUGAUAAUGAAGAGGCAACUUAUACUUUUGGACCUUUGUCAGGUCAAAUAAUGUCGGCGGUAAAGGACGGAUGCCGUAAAGCCUUCCAAGUGCAGCCACAGAGACUGAUGGCGGCCAUGUACUCCUGCGACAUCAUUGUGGACCAGAAAGUAUUAGGCAAGUUGUACGCGGCGCUGGGGCGGCGCGGCGGGCGCGUGGUGGCGGGCGACCUGCAGGGCGGCUCGGCGUCGUUCCGCGUCCGGGCCCUCAUGCCGGUGGCGGAGAGCUUCAAAUUCGCGCUGGAGCUGCGCACGCACACGUCCGGGUUAGCUGCGCCGCAGCUGCUGUUCAGCCAUUGGGAGGUGAUAGACAUCGACCCGUUCUGGCGGCCACGCACUGAAGAGGAAUACCUGCACUGGGGAGAGAAGUGGGACGGGGUGAACCGCGCCAAGGCCUACAUGGACUCGGUGAGGGCUCGCAAGGGACUGUCCACCGACAAGCAUCUCGUACAGCAUGCCGAGAAACAGAGGACGCUGUCUAAGAAUAAGUAGGUAGGGUGAUUAGCCCCCUUAUUCAUAGAAAAGUUAUUGGACGUUUUAGCUAUUGAACUUUUGUCCCUCUCUGUCAAAGAACAAUUUGUUCUAAGGUAGAGGGGGACAAAAUAGUUCAAUAGCUAAAAUGUCCUAUAACUUUUCUAUGAAUAAGGGUGUAGGUCUAUACGAAGGUAGACAAUAGAGGGGUAUGUUUAGUCGCGUUGCUUCGCGUGAAAUCUGAUAGAGGCAAAUGACACUAUUCUCAACCCCGCUUUAAGAUGGCUUUACCAUACGGAUUGAGAAUGGCCAUCAUUGU